AUGGCGGCGUUUUUGCCUUUGCAUUCCGAUCGAAAGAGUGAACUGCGUGACCCUACUUUGGAGGAAUUGUAUACAGGCCCAAUUCGUGCACUACCCGAUGAGAUCCAGCAACUUCCUGACGAAGACACGGCGUGUACGUUCUGUGGCGUCAGCUAUUUCAUCUUUGCCGAGGUUCAAACCCUGCAGACAACAGUCAAGCAAUAUAAAAAAGCAUUUCGGGACUUUGUUCAAUUUCUAGAGCAUGAGCGCUCAGUUGCUCAAAAUUUACGACAGCAGGCUAUCGAGUUGAAAAGCGGGUUUGCUGAACUCGUGAUGACAUGUAGUUCUACUAUCACACAAUUUUCGGAGCAGAAUAAAGCGCAUUGCAGUGCUAAGCAAGAGGCACUCGAACAAGUUUUACGACUUCAAAAAGAGCUGUUUGAGUCGAAAACUCAAUGUCAAGAUCUUCAUUUUCUUUGUCAGCGCAACGAGGCAAGCCAGAACACACACGCAUUAACUGAGCAGGAACUCCGCAAUGAGAUUUCGCAGUUAACAUUACAAGUAAUGAAUUGCAAAGCACAAAUUCAGUCACAGCAAGAACUUUUUGAAGAAGAGCACAGUCGGAAUCAGCAACGCAUACGAGAUUUUGAGUCAAAAUUUGUUGAGUGGACAACAAUUGAAAGACAAAAUGGUGCUGAGCGAGAUGAUUUGAAACAAAAGCUGGAGACUAUGAGCCAGCGUGUUGAGCUGGAAGCAAGCCAAAUGGAACUAGAGCUUGCUGCUCUUCGCAAAGAGCGUGAUCAAGUUGUUGCAAGUAGGGAUUCUGAGCGUGAAGUGAGCUCUGUGGAAAUUUCUAAUUUAAAAAAUCAGCUUUCAAGUCUCGAUAUGAUGCGCUUGCAGCUCGUGAGUGAAAAUGGACGGUACAAGGAUAUAACCUUAAAACUUGAAGACGAAAUCGCUGCCUUACGUCUCGCUGCAGAUCAAAUGCAUGGGCAACUAAGUGUAAGUACGAAAUACAACGAGAAUGUCAAGGAGAACCUUAUUCGUGAUCUAGAAAAAGCACGAGAAAAGUAUGAAAAAGAAAUUGAUAGUCUUCAACAAGGCCACGCGCAAGCGAUUGAAGAAUUAAAAUUUUGUCAAAAUGAGCGUAUGGAAAUUGAGAAACAGAAGACGGUCGAGCUUGCAAGUCAACGUGAACAAACGUCACGCGAAGCGUUUUUAGCGAUCGAAAAUCGGCUACAAGAUACCGAGCGUCGAGCGAAUGAGUGGAGAGAUCGUGCUUUGCAGAAUGCGAGAGAGAUUGAGGAGAUGAAGCGCAAUGGUUUGGACCACGAGACCUUGAACCAAACACUACAAAAUCAGCUUGAUCAAAGUCUACGUGAUAAGUUAACAAGCAACGCCUAG